GGAUUGGUUCGACCAGCUUGCUUAUAUUCUUAGGUGGUGUGGACCAAAUUGUCCGGGGCUGAAUCGGAAAUUCGAUCCUUCAUUUCUCUUUUUCUUUCUCUACCCUUUGCUUAUCUGUGUAAAGCACAAGUCUUUUCCGGUUCAAACGCUAUCUUCUAUAUAUACGCGUAGAAGAAUAUCUCUUCUUUGCCCUAAGUUCUAUAUCUCCGCUCAAAUCUCGCAGAUCUUUCACCGAUUACCGCGCAACGCCAUGGCAAAUGCUGCAUCAGGCAUUGCUGUCCAUGAUGACUGCAAACUGAAAUUUUUGGAGUUGAAGGGAAAGAGGGCUCACCGGUAUAUAGUAUAUAAAAUUGAAGAUAAACACAUAGUUGUGGAUAAACUUGGUAAACCGGUUGAGAGCUAUGACGAAUUCAUUAUGAAUCUGCCUGCUGAUCAAUCCCGUUAUGCAGUCUAUGAUUAUGACUUCAUUUCAACAGAGAAUGUCCAAAAGAGCAAGAUAUUCUUUAUUGCAUGGACACCCGAGACAAGCAAAGUAAGGGACAAGAUGAUGUAUGCCAGCUCCAAGGAGAGAUUUAAGAAGGAGCUGGAUGGCAUUCAGGUCGAGCUACAGGCAACAGAUCCAACGGAGGUGGGCCUUGAUAUCUUCAAGGAAAGAGCCAAAUAAAUCAAUGAAAUUCUGUACUAGUGCAAGGUUCGAUUUGCUCAUCUCUUUGCGCAUUAUAACUCCAUCCAGGGGAAUGUUUAUAGUUUUGUGUGGGACAGCCUUGCGAAGCUGUGAUACUAUUAUUAAUAUGUUGUUGUCGACUUUACUUUCCGUUUAUCUUAUGGUCUUGUCAUCUUAGACCCCAGUUAUGUACUUUUGAUGUUAUCAUAUCAAGGUUCGGUGUGUUGAACGAAUGAAUGUGUAAUGAAUUUCAUUGGCUUGGUGCCAAUCAACUCAACAAGUUUUAUGGGAUUUGUUUCUGUUUUAAAAUAUCUAUGUAUUCAUCCAGCUGCUAAUAUAACACACGCAUACAGAUUAUUU